UUUGUUCAGAAGGCUACACUUCCCUCCGCUUUGGCAAAGGACCAGCUCCUAAAUUGCGUGUGUCUGUGUGUGUCCCCACCCAUUUUCUGGGGGUGUCCGCGCUUCUCGGGGAGUGAAAUUGCUCUGGCUGGUGCGUCUGGGCGUUGAGGGUGCCCGCCUGCCAGUGCCGGCUGCCGGAGCAAGAAAGGGCUGCUGAGGAGAGAUGCUGCACCCUGCACCGCGCUGGGCUUAAGGAUUCAGGGCGCGAAGAGCGAAGUCCACCCGGAAUGCAACGCUGCUGGGGAUCCAGGCGUCCCCACCCACUGGGCUCUGCUUCGCGGUCACCCCUCCUCCCGGUUGGGACAGUUGGAACUCUGCCAUUGUCCAACAUGCUGCGAUUCAGUCUCUCACCCACCUUUUCGAUGGGAUUUCAUGUGUUAGUCAUGGUGGCUCUCUUGUUUUCCCACGUGGAUCGUAUAAGCGCUGAGACAGAAAUGGAAGGAGAAGGCAAUGAAACCGGCGAGUGUACUGGCUCCUAUUACUGUAAGAAAGGGGUGAUUUUACCCAUUUGGGAGCCCCAAGACCCUUCCUUUGGGGACAAAAUUGCUAGAGCGACUGUGUAUUUUGUGGCCAUGGUCUACAUGUUUCUCGGAGUCUCUAUCAUUGCCGACCGAUUCAUGUCCUCUAUAGAAGUCAUCACGUCUCAAGAAAAAGAAAUCACCAUAAAGAAACCCAACGGAGAGACCACCAAGACAACUGUGAGGAUCUGGAAUGAGACGGUGUCCAACCUGACCUUGAUGGCCCUGGGAUCUUCAGCUCCAGAGAUUCUCCUUUCAGUAAUUGAGGUGUGUGGCCAUAACUUCACUGCAGGAGACCUCGGUCCUAGCACCAUUGUGGGGAGUGCCGCAUUCAAUAUGUUCAUCAUUAUUGCACUUUGUGUUUACGUCGUCCCAGAUGGGGAGACGAGGAAGAUUAAGCAUUUGCGUGUGUUCUUUGUGACAGCAGCCUGGAGCAUCUUUGCCUAUACCUGGCUUUACAUCAUUUUGUCUGUCAUCUCUCCUGGGGUCGUGGAGGUCUGGGAAGGUUUGCUUACUUUCUUCUUCUUUCCCAUCUGUGUUGUGUUCGCUUGGGUGGCAGAUAGGAGGCUUCUGUUUUACAAGUAUGUCUACAAGAGGUACCGGGCUGGCAAGCAGAGGGGAAUGAUUAUUGAACAUGAAGGAGACAGGCCAUCUUCCAAGACAGAAAUUGAGAUGGAUGGGAAAGUGGUCAAUUCCCACGUUGACAGUUUCUUAGAUGGUGCCCUAGUUCUGGAAGUCGAUGAGAGGGACCAAGAUGAUGAAGAAGCCAGGCGAGAAAUGGCUAGGAUUCUGAAGGAACUCAAGCAGAAGCAUCCGGAGAAGGAAAUAGAGCAAUUGAUAGAAUUAGCCAACUACCAGGUCUUAAGUCAGCAGCAAAAAAGUCGAGCAUUUUACCGAAUUCAGGCCACCCGCCUGAUGACCGGAGCGGGCAACAUUUUAAAGAGGCAUGCAGCUGACCAAGCCAGGAAGGCCGUCAGCAUGCACGAGGUCAACACGGAAGUGGCUGAAAAUGACCCCGUCAGUAAGAUCUUCUUUGAACAAGGAACAUAUCAGUGUCUGGAGAACUGUGGUACGGUAGCCCUGACCAUUAUCCGCAGAGGUGGUGAUUUGACCAACACUGUGUUUGUCGACUUCAGAACAGAGGAUGGCACAGCCAAUGCCGGGUCUGAUUACGAAUUUACCGAAGGAACUGUGGUCUUCAAGCCUGGUGAGACCCAGAAGGAAAUCAGAGUUGGCAUCAUCGAUGACGACAUCUUUGAGGAAGAUGAGAAUUUCCUUGUGCAUCUCAGCAACGUCAAAGUGUCUUCUGAAGCCUCGGAAGAUGGCAUCCUGGAAGCCAAUCAUGUCUCUACACUCGCUUGCCUGGGAUCUCCCUCCACUGCCACCGUGACUAUUUUUGACGAUGACCACGCAGGCAUCUUUACUUUUGAGGAACCUGUGACUCACGUGAGUGAGAGCAUUGGCAUCAUGGAGGUGAAAGUAUUGAGAACAUCUGGAGCACGCGGAAAUGUUAUCGUCCCCUAUAAAACCAUUGAAGGGACCGCCAGAGGCGGAGGAGAGGACUUUGAGGACACGUGCGGAGAGCUCGAGUUCCAGAACGAUGAAAUUGUCAAAACAAUAUCAGUCAAGGUAAUUGAUGAUGAGGAAUAUGAGAAAAACAAGACCUUCCUCCUUGAGAUUGGCGAGCCCCGCUUGGUGGAGAUGAGUGAGAAGAAAGCCCUGUUAUUGAAUGAGCUUGGUGGCUUCACAAUAACAGGAAAAUACCUGUAUGGCCAACCUGUCUUCAGGAAAGUUCAUGCUAGAGAACAUCCGAUCCCCUCUACUAUAAUCACCAUCACAGAGGAAUACGAUGACAAGCAGCCGCUGACCAGCAAAGAAGAGGAGGAGAGGCGCAUUGCAGAAAUGGGGCGUCCCAUUCUGGGAGAGCACACCAGGCUGGAAGUGAUCAUUGAAGAAUCCUAUGAGUUCAAGAGUACCGUGGACAAACUUAUUAAGAAGACAAACCUAGCCCUCGUGGUUGGGACAAACAGCUGGAGAGAGCAGUUUAUCGAAGCGAUCACUGUCAGCGCUGGGGAAGAUGAUGACGACGAUGAAUGUGGGGAGGAGAAGCUGCCCUCCUGCUUCGAUUACGUGAUGCACUUUCUGACUGUGUUCUGGAAGGUUCUCUUCGCCUUCGUCCCCCCUACAGAAUACUGGAAUGGCUGGGCAUGUUUCAUCGUAUCCAUCCUCAUGAUUGGCCUACUGACGGCUUUCAUCGGAGACCUGGCUUCCCACUUUGGCUGCACCAUCGGCCUGAAGGAUUCGGUGACCGCGGUAGUGUUCGUCGCGCUUGGAACCUCAGUGCCAGACACAUUUGCAAGCAAAGUGGCCGCCACCCAGGACCAGUACGCAGAUGCAUCCAUAGGUAACGUCACAGGCAGCAACGCGGUGAAUGUCUUCCUGGGAAUUGGCGUGGCCUGGUCCAUCGCUGCCAUCUACCAUGCAGCCAACGGGGAACAGUUCAAAGUGUCCCCUGGCACGCUGGCUUUCUCCGUCACUCUCUUCACCAUUUUUGCUUUCAUCAAUGUCGGGGUGCUGCUGUAUCGGCGGAGGCCAGAAAUCGGAGGUGAGCUGGGUGGGCCCCGGACUGCCAAGCUCCUCACAUCCUGCCUCUUUGUGCUCCUGUGGCUCUUGUACAUUUUCUUCUCCUCCCUGGAGGCCUACUGCCACAUAAAAGGCUUCUAAAGGAACAAUCAGAUGUAGUAAAUUUAUAUAUAUAUACAUAUAUAUACAUAAAAAAUUAUAACGAACAGAAGAAUUGUCAUUUGUCAUGUCCACUUACCUGCUGAUGGAAUCCAGCUUCACGAGCAGACUCUGUACUAGGGCCAGAGUGAGAAGGAAGGCAUCACCUCCUGUUCCCAGGGGCGUCGUCACGUUGAACCAGGCGUGGAGGCAGGGCCAUCUUUGCAGCUCAGCCUCUGAGGGCUGUGUUCUCCCCGGGUUCAUAAAUCGUUAAGUCUUUGAUUUGUUUUCUGUUUGUUUUUGCUUGUUUGGGGGGUGGGGUUGGGGAGGUAGUUGAUGUUAGGCUUUUGUUUUGGUUUUUGGGGGGAGGAUCAGGGCUUUUGCUUCUCUUGUGGGAGGUGAUGACCAAUCUAAAUGCAAAUGGGUUUCGGGUAAAAAUGGAAAUCAUUAAGAUAACUCUCCCUUCCCCCAAACAUUUAAAAAAUUAUUUUGGAUGAAGAGAGGAAAUGGGCAUGGAAAAAGAAAGAAGCCAUGUCUUCACCAUAUAACUAAAUUGCAUGCUCAUCUCUGGGAUGGGAGCAGAGGUGAAGCUGCCUCCAAGAAGAAACAUGGCAGCUGGAAUGGAGCCCAGAAAAGUCACGGUCCUAGAUAGAGUCUGAUAGGCCUGGCACUCUUGUUCGCCAGGUACAGGAACAUCGCGCCUAGAUUCCCAGGAACGUGCAAAAUCCUUUCUUAUCUCUUUAGCACUGGACUGUGAUUAGGAAGGCCCUUAUAUUCUGGUGUUCCAGCCCUGCUAACCCCCCAGGCCCCCCCCCAUCCCAACCCUCCUGCUCACCUCCCCUCAGACAAACAGGAAGAAUAACCCCAUUCCAAAAGCACAUCAUCCUUUUCCACUUGCAUCACUGUGUGUCCCAGUCCCAUGUUGCUCUUGCCUGGGAUCGUCCGUCAGUUUUGUUUUCAAAAGCAUCCAUGGCCUGCACACUCCAGUUCCAGUCGUGACCGAACAUCUGCUCCUCCUUCGUGGGCCUGUUUGGGAAUGUUGUUGUGAUACCUGUUACACGGCGCAUGGAUGAAAAACAAAUACGACAAAGCCAAGCGCAUCUGUACAUAGCAGAGUAUAGCACGUACCGUUCUCCCAUUGGGCAACGUUGAUUGAUUGGUCGUUGAAGACAUAAGUGAGUUUUCUUUUCACCUGAGUUGUAACUUUUGUGUUGUUAUUGAGUUUGAUUAGGGAUAAAAGGAGAAAAUGGCUUAUUCAUGGAUCUGCAUGUUCAUUUCUAAGAAGCAAUAACUGUUACAUGGGAAGUUAAAGCUAUUGAGAGGACAGUAGGCAAACUACAAAGUAUCUUCAUGGAAAAUUAGCCACUUGGUACACAUCAGAGCCUCAGAAACUCACCUGUUGGUUCAGGAAGGCCAAGGAGAAGGGCAUGUAGAGAAGCGGAUGCGUUAGAUGUGCCUGAGCUUUGAAAGCCCCCAUUCCCACAACACCCCUGCCCCCAAAGUAUUUAUUUCACAUCUGCUCUGUCUGGCACAGACGGUAGAUAGUGCUGGUUUGUUCCUUUUAUUUUUGUAUGUAAAAGGCAAUUUGGAGCCCUGUUUCUUUCACCGUCCAGACCCCUCUGAUUGUAUCUGCAGUUCCUGAGGAGGAAAGAAGCCGUGGUGAGCAACAGGCCUUUAAAAGUGUAUCUUCUCUACUUAGGACUAAGGAGGAAGCAAUUAAAUGGGAUGAUUAGUGCCUCCCAGGAGCAUUGCCCUGGGAGAUUUUUAACGCUGGAAAAGGAAUGGCUCUUUCUGUUUCACAGUAUCAGAGAGGGUGGAUAAACCCAACAUUCCAAAGCCAUGAGUCCACGAAUGAGGUAUAAAUGGAUGACUUAGGUCCCCUCUCAGACACUUCUCUAUCCAUAAAGAAUCCCAGGCCGGAGACACCCCUAAGCCCUCUGUAUUGAUUCAAAGAUCCUUAACUCUCAACAAUUUUAAUUUGUAUUUUCUUCCACUUAAUAAUCAGGCUCAUUCAUCAUUUAAUAAGCAUUGGGUGACUGACCGAAUGAAUAAUUAAAUGCUGGUUACCCACUCAAUAUGCCAGGCACUGUGCUGCCUCUUGGGGACUAAACCAUGGACAAGACAGCCCAGAUCCCUGCCCAGAGGGGGUUAACACAGUCUCAUGGAAACAGUCUGAUCUUAUGAGAAAAACACAAUCCUGAAACCCUCUUGUCUAAAUAUCUAAGAUUUUCUUUAACUGAGACAGUAUAAGGCAUAGGGUACGAAAAACAUUCUAUGUAGCCUUAGCCAAUCUUGCAGAUCUGCACAUCUUCCCAUUUUAAACCAAGUAAGGCAGUUGUGCUGGUGAUCCGGAUCACUGAGAAGGCCCAAUUAACCCCAAUUUUUAUCUUUCUUGGACAGCAGUACUUUUCUAUGCCCCCCACAGCUCUACAAUUUCUCCUAUCUCUUGGAGCCUCACCCCUACCUGUCAUGGCCCAACACACUGGUGGCCUAACUCCUUUGAGGGCAAACUCUAACCCUUUUUUUUUUUUUUUUUGAAGAUUUAUUAAAUAGAAAGCUAGCCUAGGAACACCAAGUAAAUUGUCAAGGGAUAUGAGUUGUUGAAACAUUAGAAAGACUUUGCCCUCCUUUCUAGCCAUAUUUGGAAUGUUAAUAACCCCAUAGCAAAUUUUCACAAAGGACUUUAAGAAAUCCUUGCCGUUGGUCAACUUCAAAGCUUUUUGGUUUGUUUGCUUUUUAAAUUUUCAUGUUUUAGAGAAAAUAUGAUUCUGGUUGUUCAGGGUUGUAUUAGGAAUUAUAGUCGUGUAAAAUUAUUUUGAUUAUUUUGUGUGUAUUAUGCACAGCUUGGGGGGGAAGUGCACUAAUUGUGCUGUUCCUUAUAAAUGGUACACACUAUUGACACAGACAAAUAAAGUUUCUAAUUGUUUCUGAUUUAA